CCUUUGAUAUCACGACGUCACUGCCGCAGCUUUUUUGUGUUUGCGCUACUCCUAUUCCAAAGAUGCCCUACCCAUAAUUUAUUUUUUACCCAGUACAAGAAGUAUGAAGUCCCUCAUUUUUUAAGACCCCGCGCUAUGACCUGCUACGCAAGAAUCUCGCAUGCGCGCGAUCUAGUAACAACUCAACUAAGUAAAUACCUAUUGUAACGUGUCUGAGCCCCUAAGAAAUACCUCAUUUUUUCUUUACUCUUAUUUCACACGCGGCCCCGUCCGCUUUUUUGAAUUCAGAAAACCCAAAAUGAAUGACGUUCGUUGCAAGCAUGACUAUGGAUCCUCGAUCUUUCAUGCGCCCCCUUCAUCGAUGUAUUUCUCGUUCUUACGCGGCUUUUGUUUCUCAUGGGGCAUCCUCUACUUGAGCGGAAAGACCCCAUAAAGGGAGAGCGCUACUCAUCAUGCUGAACAUCAUCAACUUUUUCGUGGGAACAACGACCGACCGUCACCGUUCCUCCGUGCGGCGUCGUGUUGUUGAUCCUUGACGACCUCCCGUCGGCGUCUCAUGCUGUGAACUGAUCCACGACACUCAGAAGCGUUAGUCUACAUAAGAAGCGCCGGCAAGAAACUACACGCCAAGCCCACCGCAGCGUCGGUACGAUUGCGGACCUCGUCCUCGCGCAAGGACCAACGGCAAAUAAGUAGAACUACUUACAUCAGAUGGGUAACACCAUCCGCGGGAAAGGCAAGAAAAAGACCGGUCGGGGCGAUGACGCCGGUGACAUGGACCCGCUGGGGCUCAACGACCCAAGCAGCCGCAGAGCCUCGGGGCCCGGCGGAUCGACCAACCCCAGUGGUACUUCGCGGAACUCCGCGGCGGAACCCUACAAGAUCCGCAGUACCGGAUUGAAGAACAAAGAUUUGGACGGAGCCCCGAACUCCACUUCGUCCGGCUACAACCCUUUGAAUCGAAACUCUACCACCGGUGGUACUACAACUAACGCCAAUACAACCGCGGGAGGUGGCAGGAAAAGCAGCAACGCCACGGCGUCCUCCAGUUCUAGCCGCGCCGGUGGGAACAAUAAAACUUCCAAGCGGAGUGGCAGUCAGGAGGACGAGUUGAACGACCCCUACGAGAAAUUUUCCCAGCUUUUUAGCGAGGAGUUGAAAUCCGGGACCAGCCACCUCGGGCCGAGCAGCAGUAAGUCCUGGAACUGGAAAAACGAGGACCAGCAGCCGCCACCGUCCCGCCCCUCCCGGCAGGGAUCGUCAACAAGUGCUGGACCCGGCGGGGACAAGAAAGGGCCCUAUGAAAGCGAGUUUUGGGCGGAGGACCCAAGGUUUAACUCUGCGUUUUCGAACAUCGUCCUGUGUCCCGGGUUAUGCAUUGCAAAUAUUAUGUCUGGGCGGUCUGGAAUUGGAAAAGUGGAACCUGUAUUGCAUGUCUUGUAUUCUUGUAUAUGAAUCUGUCUCGCAUGACCAAGAAAACAAACUCAGUCUCGUCAUGCAAAUGCACAGUUUGCCUUUGCCAUGCGCACAACGCGUCAGGAAGCGUCCUCACAAAUUUGUCAUGCUCGUCUGCAUUCAGCAGUGUGCCCAACAAUCGCCACUUAGCAUCACAAGUGCCGUCCAGACCCGGACAUAUUUGCAAUGCAUACGGAUGCAAGACGCCCAAUCGAGUCCCGUACGCGUCGAAGUUCAAGUGCUACCACUGUGUUAUGCAAUGGAAGCUGGUGAAGAGGUCAUAAAAAUCGGAGCCAAAAAAUAAGUAAAGCUCUAUUCUGGAAUGAAAGAAAGGAGGAAAGAUGACAGGAGAAUGACCAUUAGAUUGUUUGUUUUCUCUAUCAGAAGUGCCUUGUUUUGAUCCACCGCAAGACCAUUUUUCUUUUCGCAGCUUGAUGUAUUUCUAUUUUUGUAUGUCCUUGACCAGUUGUACGCAUGGUCUUCGAGGUAUGGUACUAAAUUUGUUUCCAAAAGCUGCUCCUGCUCCUGUAGAAUCAAUGCAGCGCAGCAGAACGUUAUAAACGGAUUUCCUUUUUGAAGACUCACCGGCCUUUCGUCGCUUGGAUACGCUGCUCGCUGGUGGACCCAGGGACCUUCAACACGCGGACCCAAGAUGAGGCAGGGUAUGUUGAUGAAUGAGAGUGUUUUUGUUCUACUGAUGUUGCAUGAAGACGUGGUGAUUUAUUUGCACCCGACCGACCUCAAGAACGCGAGCUCGCUGCAGCGAUUUUGUUGUACCAAAGAGAAAAACGCAAGUCACAGUCGCUCACAAACGCAAGUUGUUCUGCUACUAAGUAUAUUGCCCGCGCCGGGGGCUGCAACUUCAGCUUGACAAGAUCAAGAUGAAAAUAGCUGGCACAUCAACCACAAUUUCCAGGUACUUCCAAGAAGCCGUACAGGAGUGCGAAAUCGGUGUCGCAGUCAUGGAUCAGAAACGGAAGGAGAUUCUGGUAUGACAGUGCACAACUCCCCCUCCCCCUCAUUUGUAUGGGAUGAGCAGCAACACAAGCAACGCCAGAAAUGUGGCUUUUGCAUGACAAAUCUCCUGCACACGGAUUGUAGUACUGUUUGGGGGUCCAAAAUUGGCCAUGCAAACUGUGCCUAGACCACGGCGCAAGUGCUGCGUUUGGUAUUUUGCAUUUUACAAAGGAGGCGGGGGAGGGGUAGUUGUGCACUCUCAUAUCUGGAAGAGAUCGAACAGGAGCGGCAGGUGCAGGUUGCCAUGGCGAGGUCCGGCAUCGGCGAAGACAACUGGCGCGCCGAGGAGCUUUUCAAGGACCUCCAGGCCUGUCGCUACACCAUUGUCCAGCUUGACCGGCAGAAGGGCCGGAAAUUGUUCGAAAUCAGCGACAAGCUGGUGGAUCUCAUCAACUUGUAUGACCACGCAGAGGACAUGAUGUUGAUAUGACAGUGCACAAAAACAAGCCCUCUCCCUCAUUUGUAUAGCAUAGCACAAGCAUCAGCAAGCGUGCGGGUUUUGCAUGACAAAUUUGCACUGGAGUGUAGUUCAUCUCUUUGUGCUGCCAGAACAAGAACUUGUCAUGCAAACAGUGCCAAGAGCAGGCAAAGGGUGGACUCGGUACCUUGCAUGACAAAUGACGGGGCGGGGGAACUGUGCACGGUCAUAGCUGAACUGGCGUAUGUUGAAGGACGCGAUCUCAAACGACGACAGGGUGUAUGAUAAUGCACAACUACUAAGUACUCGCCCUACCUCUCGCUCUCAACUGUGUUGCAUCAACAGAAACAGAAGCAAGGAACAGAAUAUGCAAUUUUUUAUGGCGCAGCUUCGAGACACGGAUUGUAGUGCGGUUUUGGAUGGUCCUGUAGCUUUUCAUGCAAGUCAGGCUCACGGUGUCGAGGCUCGCAAGAACGGCCGCUGGGUUUGUAAUUUUGCAAGGCAAAAAGCGAGGAGAGCAAGUAGCUAUUUUGCACUCUCAUAGCGUAAACAUGGAGAUCUUCCUGUCCGAACUUGAUCCCGCGUUUAGCGGGAAGUGCAAAAGGUCUGUACAACUACGAUGACUAUCUUUCUUCCGCGGGACAUGUUACCCUUAAGAAUGCCGCGGAUUGAUUUCCGUCGCAUCAGCAGCAUAAUAUAUAAGCAGAACACGAUAAACAGAGCAUGAUCAAUCUGUGCUGCAUGAUAAACAUGUAGGGAUGAUGUCACUGUUCCCGUUACCCAUGACAAAUUCAGGUACGUCGUCUGGCUGAUGGAGAAAGAACGGGAGAUUCUUUCCAACCUCGCCUUCGGUAUCCUUGAAAUGCAACUACACACCCUCUGCUUGGCAACGCGAGUCAAUGUCAAAUGAUUUUGAAUUUGUACAAUGCAAGAAGUACGUACUACUUCUGAAAAAUCUGAACGUCCUCAACAAGGUGGACAACGAUAGAAGGCUGUGUACUCCGUUGUGCCUGAAAAGUACUGCAUGAACCGAAACGCACGUUUUUGAAUUUGCAAUUAUACGGCUAUAGAACAUGGAAAUGUAACCUUUUGACUUUUUUCAAUUGCUCCUGUUGUGAGAAGUAGAGGAUUCUCCCACCUUUGGAUACUCGACGCUGCGCUUUCCCACGCCCUGAAAGACGAAGAUGAGGACCAACUGCAGAUGCUUAUUGAGUAUGCGUUGCAGAAGUAUAAUCAGUACUAUCGUACUGUUCGUAGAACCACUCGCAGGACAUUUUUUCUUCAGAAGAAUAAAUUAAAGGUGAAGUUUGUCAUGCGUUAUUUUAGCCAGGUACUAGGAAACAUACCAAAUCUGUCACGCAUGAUUGCGAUUUCGUACGUGUACCACGAGUGCGAUUCAUAUACUUUUGCGAUCCAUAUCAACGAGGUGCGGGAGUACGAGCUCAAUUACGACGUCGAGUUUCUUUUGCAACAAAUGAAGCACAUCCAGAACAAAAAACGGCUGCAGCGCGAGGAGGAGCGCGACCGGAACAUAUCAAAUGCAAAAGUGUCUGGGUCUGGAAGAGGAGAAGUCUGUCAUGCACAUUUUCGAUGAUCCAUGAUGUCUCUGAUUAUUGCCAUAGCAUCACAGAUUUUUUGAGCGCUUAUCGAUGCGCAUCCUGCAUGACAAAUGCCCUCUCCGCGUAGCCAAAUUUGACUCCUCUUGCUGCUCAUGCAAUACAGAUUUUUUAUAGCAUCCAAAUGCAGCAUCACAAGUUUGGCUCUUCCAGACCCAGACAUAUUUGCAAUCCAUAGAACAGCCAGGCGGGCAACAUGAGCGGGUACAACCGGAACAACAGUGGUAAUGCCUCGCAGCAAGAUAUGCAAUACAAAUUUCCCGUACAUGUACAAGAUGCAUCACAAAUUUUACCAAUUUGGCGCGUAAAACUUGUCAUGCUAAACUAGGAUCGAGGCCAAGUUUUGUCAUGCGGAGACCGCAUUUGUACGUGUACGGGAAAUUUACUGUGGAUACAAGACAGCAAAGCGAAAAACCGGCGGUCGUUCAACACUGCGGGAGACGAGGACGAUGCGUCUGGCGUCAGAAAACCGAAAGCCGCGGGAAAGACGCCAACUUUUGCCCAGAGGGAAAAGGAAGAGCCGAAGAAGGCAGAGCAGAGCUCAGGCGGACAGCAAGGAGGAACUACAAGUUCCUCGUCCGCAACAAAUAACCAUGGCAGGGCUUCCACCACCUCCACCGACUCUGGCGGGUACGCCAAGGGCCAGGACCCGAAGCAGCAAGCGAAAAGUGCGGCCGCAAAACCUCCGGGGGCCGCGAAAAAGUCCUCUUCAUCUUACGAACUGCAAAAGUAUCGCACCAGGAGUAAUUUAUAACUUUUGCAACAGUUGCUUCUUCACAAAUUUACUACGGCAUGAUGUGUGGAGUUUGUCAUUCUAAAUAUGCCUUAGGAGCCACGAGAUUUGUCUUGCAUGAUUGCAAGAACUACUGCAAGUAUCACGAUAUAAUUACUUCUUUUGCAGUGCAUACAUCUUCUUCGUCGGCCAAACCCGACCGGCACCCGGAUGUUCCGCCAGACUUGGAUUUUGACGAGCCGAUUUCCAGUCAGAAGAUGGCGUGCGAGAUCCUCGGUUUGGAAGUCGGGGGCUACGACGAAGCCGCUAUGAAAAAAGCUUACCGGAUAUUGAAAGGAAAAACUCCCCCUUCCCAUAUCGAAAAGGUAUGUUUCCGAAAAUUUGCGUUGCUGAUUUGAGGUCAAAUCACAUUUGUCUUGCAAGAAGACAAGGGCAGAAGCUUCCGCCCCAGUAUGGAAGCGAUUUGCCAUGCUGUUGGGCCUAAAAGUGAGCCGCUUGCCGUGCUGCGCAACUAGACUAAGACGCCCCUACCCAGCCUGGGGAUCUGGCCGCAAUGCCUCUCUGCAAUACAAACCUGAUUUGUGUACACAGAUCCAGCAUCAGAAAUUCCGUUUGGCGCUUGGUCAUGUGGUUACUUUCUCUCUGGGUUUGAGGUUGAUUCCCACCUCCGGGCCCUGUAAUGCUUGUCCCUGUGUGAUGCGAAUAUCUGUGGGUUCUGGCCGUUUGCAUGCAAGCCCCCGAUGUGGUUAGCCCGGUGACUGCACCACUCUGGAUGGAGGGGUUUUUCAAAGCUACAAUAGAACGUGACACAUCUUUUAGGGUGUUUCUUUUACAGUAGGACUUCUAGUUUUCGUUUUUCACACACUUACUUUUCUUUUUGGUCCCCUCGGUGUUUUUGAACGAAAUUUGUACAACGCUAUUUCUACCUAGAUAACAACACAACUCACGUCGCAGCCGUCCCAGGAGUUGAUGCUGUUGUCUCUCGGUAGCAAUCGCGCUGUCCAAAAUUCCUUCAUGACGUUUACCGGGUACGCGGUUCAAAGUUUGUACUGGAUUUCGUUAAAGGGACGCCCUGCCCUUAGCCUUCCAAAAUCAGAAAUUCCGUUUGGAUAUGGGGAGGGGGGAUUUUUCCUUUCGAUACCGGAAGAAGGCGCUCGAGUGGCAUCCGGACCGCCAGCAAAACCAUGGCUACACGGAGGACGCGGUAUGACAGUGGCGCAGAACUACUAAUACCCCUCUGCUUGGUCAUUUGCAUGUUGGAGGCAUGAUGAGCUGCAAUACAAACACCAGCCCAACAUGUGGUGCCUGUGCAUGACAAGUUCCCCAUGCGCGGAUCGUAGUACUGUUGACCCCGCUCCUUCCGGAAUGUGUCAUCGCGCACAGUAGUGAAGACACAAGGCAGGAGCAACUGAAUAUGGAUAUGGAUUGUGAAUUUUGCAUGAAGAAAUACAAACGAGAACGAGGGGUUGCAGUUGUGCACGCUCAUACGCGACGCGAAUGUUCCAGAAGAUCAAGGACGCACUGGACUAUCUGCAGGCCUACCAGAAAAAAUCCGCGGCCGUUAACCGGCGGCCCCCACCUAGCUCUGGCAACGCGAAAAGGGCCUCGACCGGAGGUGCGGGCGGGGGGAGACGGUAGGAGGUCGCGAUAUGGCGCUCUCAACUGUUACAUUCUCAACUGUUGCAUGAAUUUGCGAAGCAAGAAUGGCAAAAGUGAAAGGGGUGACCUUGCACGUCUUGCGUGACAGAUCUGGCACAGAUUCUCAUCCUGUUUGGCUCUUCGAUAAUUUGUCACGCGAAGCAGCUUGAUCGUGUCGAUUUUGCUUGUGCUUUUGCAUUGCAAAUCAUGUAGCAGCUGAGAAUGUAACAUUUGAGAACGCCAUACGUGAAGGCAGUGGUGCGUUGGAGCAGAGCGGGGACGAGUUUUGGUGGAUGUGGGAAAGACUUAUGAGACGGCCCGAAACUACUACAACGUCGCGUGCAAUUUACUCACGACAAGAUCUUGAUGUCGGUCUAAGUACUUCCUAAAUCGCUCUCGUUCUACUUGCGCCGCGACGAGGACUGGGAUCUUUAAGAUCAUCCUUGUGGUGAUCUAAGUCCUAGCGGGUCGAGCGCUUUCUAAAGUACCACUGACACCACGACCUCAUCUGGUCCAUUCAACUCGCAAAAACGACAGGAGAUAAGUCGCACUCGGAUGUGGUUAUUUUUUGCUUGGUUUCUAAUUCUCCUUUUCCCUGUUUUUCGGCGCCGCAGUCUCUUUGUUGAAAAUAGCACUGCGCAGCAGGGCACGGCUGCUACUGACAGCGCGGCCUGUUCCACCCUCGGUCAG